GCAUUGCGCAGUGGAUAUGGAUGUGGACGCCUCGUGCGCUCUGAUCUUUGGCGCGGAGAGGCUGCACUCAGCGGCGCGCAAGGUGGCCAAAUGAAUCACCGCCCUCCCGGCUCCUCCAGCGUGCAAUGGCUUAACAGAAGAGACAUGAGUGUCCGAACGGAGGACAACUUCAGCUUGUGCCAAAAGGCCCUUCAGAUCGUCACGGAGCUCUGUCUAGCGGGGCAUGUAGAUGGGGAGAAAUGCUCGGCUAUAUUUCCCUUGGAGAGCAACAUACAAGACAUCUCUAUCAGUCUCCUUGCUGUUGUCGUGGGUUUCUGUGGACUCGCCCUGUUGGUAGUCUCUCUCUUUGUCUUUUGGAAGCUGUGCUGGCCCAUCUGGAGGAGCAAGGCCCUCUCGUCCCACGUCGACAAUGGCCCCCGUGUCGGGCUCCCUGAGGCCCCUCCGCCAGCCCCUCUGCCCGUCACACCCCUCCACAAGGUGGCACCAAUGGAGGAGAUGAAGCCUGUGCCAGUGGUGAAGGUGAACGGGCGUUGCAGCUCCGUGAAGCUGCUAGAGGCGGCCAUGAAGAUCAGCCAGACAUCCCCAGACAUCCCUGCUGAGGUGCAGACGGCUCUCAGGGAGAGGCUGGGCCAGCAGGCCAAGAUUCAGAGGCAGACCACCGACCCCACCUCGUCCUCCAGGCACAAUUCAUUCCGCCGCCAUCUGCCUCGCCAGAUGAACGUGACAAGUGUGGACUUCAGCAUGGACACGAUCCCCAUCCGCCAGUCGUCCACCGUAAGCAUCGGCCGCAUCAAGCCCGAGCUCUACAAGCAGAAGUCUGUGGACUCCGAGGACGGGACCCACGAGCCGGUGGAGACGUGCGGUAAGCUGAGCUUCUCCCUGCUCUACGACUACGAGGAACAGGCGCUGGUGGUCACGAUCCUCAAGGCCCUGGAACUGCCGGCCAAGGACUUCACUGGCACCUCCGACCCUUACGUCAAGAUCUACCUGCUGCCAGAGAGGCAGAAGAAGUUCCAGACGCGUGUCCACCGCAAGACGCUCAACCCCACGUUCGACGAGGCCUUCUGCUUCCCCGUGGAGUACGACCAGCUGUGCAACCGCAAACUGCACUUCAGUGUCUACGACUUUGACCGCUUCACCAGCCACGACAUGAUCGGCGAGGUGGUGGUGGACAACCUCUUUGAGCUCUCCGACCUCUCGAGGGAGGCAGUGGUGUGGAAGGACAUUCACGCUGCGACCACGGAGAGUGUGGAUCUGGGGGAGAUCAUGUACUCUCUAUGCUACCUGCCCACAGCAGGACGGAUGACCCUGACCGUCAUCAAGUGCCGGAACCUCAAAGCCAUGGACAUCACUGGCUCCUCAGAUCCCUAUGUAAAGGUUUCCCUGCUCUGUGACGGACGGAGGCUGAAGAAGCGGAAAACCACCACCAAGAAAAGCACACUGAACCCGGUGUACAACGAGGCCAUCAUCUUUGACAUCCCCCCAGAGAACGUGGAACAGGUCAGCCUGUCCAUCAUGGUGAUGGACUAUGACCGGGUGGGCCACAACGAGGUGAUAGGUGUGUGUCGGACGGGGCCAGAUGCUGAGGGCCUGGGGAGGUACCACUGGAACGAGAUGCUGGCCUACCCACGCAAGCCCAUUACUCACUGGCAUGCCCUGGGAGAGUGGCCAGGAAGAGCGACAAGCUUUGAGAGCCAGGGGUCCUGUCCUUCCCCCAAACCUCCACAAACUCCAUAGGAAAUGCGAAUAGAACCAUAUGAUCUGAUAGCAGAUUAAGUAGAUGUGUACAGCUGUAGUAACCACAAAUCUAUCACUUAAAUACAGAAAUGUCCAGUGCCAAUGUCCGACUCAUCCAGAUGACAGCAUUAUACAUUACCAUUCAAGUUUGGGGUCACUUAGAAAUGUCCUUGUUUUUAAAAGGUAAGCACUUUUUUUUUGUCCAUUAAAAUAACAUCAAAUUUAUCAGAAAUACAGUGUAGACAUUGUUAAUGUUGUAAAUGACUAUUGUAGCUGGAAACGGCAGAUUUUUAAUGGAAGAUCUACAUAGGCGUACAGAGGCCCAUUAUCAGCAACCACCACUCACUCCUGUGUUACAAUGGCACAUUGUGUUAGCUAAUCUAAGUUUAUCAUUGAAAAAAGGCUUCAUUAAAUAGUGCCUGAAAAACACCAGUCUCAACAU